AUGAUAUUGUGUUCGACAAACAACGAAGAUCCACUACGUAUCCAUCCACGAAAGGGAAAGAAACCCACUUGGAUCCCGAAGGAAACCCUAACCCAAGCCGCAGUUUCCUUCAAAGCGUCCUCGAAUUUCGAGUGCACCGUCACGAAUUUCGAGUACAUCGACAUAAAGCCAGACAUCUUCCUCCAAAAAGAAGCUCCUCCGAUGUCCGAACUCAUAGACGCCUCGAGUAACCCGAAGCGAAAGCGAGCCCCAAAUAAAAGCCAAAGCAACUUGGAUAGAUCGAAAAACCAAAGCGAAGAUGUAGAUAAAGCUCCGAAAGCUCGUCAUAAUCCAAAGCGAUGCUUCAAGGGAAAACUAACGAUGAAGACUCGAAGUAGACCCGUGCCCAAAAAGCGCUUCAUGUGCAACCUUUGCAGAAGAACGUUCGCCACCGAUCAAUGCCUCGAGGAACACAGGAGGUCUCACGACAUCGACUACGUGCAGUGUUCGAUCUGCAAUCUAAAGUUCAAAACGAUAAUGGGUCUGAAGCAGCACCACCUAAGAGCCCACAACACCAGCGAGCCGAAGUUUACCUGCGACCACUGCGGUAGUCGUCACAAACUGAAGAACGAUCUGUUCCUCCACAUAAGCAGAACGCACAUGAGCGGCAUACAAGCGUGUCGUUUCUGCGGGAAGAUGGUUAAGGACAUAAGGAACCACGAGGCACGACACAGGGAACGUCUUCGAGGUACCACGAGGCAGUACUCCUGUCCUCUUUGCGAGAAGCAAUUCGGCUCGAAAUUGAAGCUCGACAACCACCUGGUUCAGCACCAACAGGAGUACGUUUGCUCCGAGUGCGACAUGAAGUUCGUAGACCCGAAAGAGUACACCACUCAUAGGCGACUGAAACACAAGCAGAUGAGAAUGAUCUGCACCAUAUGCGAGAAGGACUUCUCUACCAGUAACAACUUCUACAGACACGUACUUACUCAUGCUGGGAUCAAGCCUUACAAGUGUGACGUCUGCGAGGAAGUUUUCACCCAAAGGUCCUCCAUGCUUAGGCAUAGGAGGUCUCAUCCAGCUCCUUUGCCACCUUCUCCUCCACCGAUAGCCAUCGCCGAACUUGCCAGGUGGUUCUUGCAAAGAGUCUGA